AUGUUUGACACGGUCUGCACCAUCCCGCUGUCCUCGGACCUGUUCAGCCAGGCCCUCCACCCUAAUGAACCCGUGGUGUCGGUCGGCCUCGCAACAGGCCAUGUCCAAACCUUCCGACUCCCCGUGGAAGAGAGUGACAAUGGUGACGAUGCUGCGUCGAACUCUUCGCGUACUGGAAAGGGCCACAUUGACACUAUGUGGAGGACGCGGCGGCACAAGGGUAGCUGUCGUACUCUUGGCUUUGGCAUUGACGGCGAGACACUGUACUCUGCGGGCACGGACGGCCUUGUGAAGAUUGCGAAUUCGGAGUCUGGUGUGGUGUCGAAUAAGAUUGUGAUUCCGUUUGAGAAGGACGGAUCUAUUGAUGCGCCGACUGUGAUUCAUGCGCUUUCUCCUCAGACUCUUCUCCUGCUACGGACUCAAGUGUCGGCGCGCCCUGAGCAGUCGCACCAUCCCCACGAUGACUACGUCUCCUCUUUGACACCUCUGCCCGCCUCGGAUACUAGUACUUCUGGUUUCAGCAAACAAUGGGUUACCACGGGUGGUACAACUCUGGCCGUGACAGAUCUGCGACGGGGUGUUAUGGUGCGCAGCGAAGAUCAGGCGGAAGAGUUGAUCAGCUCGGCUUACAUUGGAGGUCUUCCAAGCAGCGGUACCAGCCGUGGCGAGAAGGUAAUCGUGGGCGGUGCCAGUGGUGUCCUGACACUGUGGGAAAAGGGCGCGUGGGAUGAUCAGGACGAGCGCAUCUACGUCGCCCGCGAUGCGGACGGCGGCGAAUCUAUCGAGACCAUGGCGGUUGUGCCGGAUGAGCUAGGCUAUGGCAAGAUGCUUGCGACCGGUCUCGGCAACGGUAUGGUCAAAUUGGUGCGCAUUGGAGCCAACAAGGUUGCCUCAGAGGUGAUGCACGACGAAACCGAGGGCGUCGUAGGCUUGGGCUUCGAUGUUGAGGGCCGGAUGGUCACUGGCGGUGGGCAAAUCGUCAAGGUUUGGCAUGAGGCUGCAGGCGCGGGCGCUGGAAGUGGCAUGGGUGGAAAACAUAUGCUUGGAGACAGCGAUGACAGUGAUGAUGACUCGGAUAGCGAACAAGAGAAGGAGAAGCCGAAGAAAGAGGACAGGAACGAGCGCAAGAAGCGGAAGAAGGCUAGUCGCAAGGACGGUGGACAGCAUGUCAUGGCCUUCGCCGACAUGGACUGA